UGGGCUAGAGCCUCAGUCAUCGCACCGGAAGCGGAACUGCUUAGGAUACCAACUGAGGCGGUUGUGAUCCGUAGUAGUUAGUGACACCGAGCUCGGGGUAGCCCUCUAGCACUAUGGCGGCCUCGGGUCUUCCGCCGCUGCCCCCGCCGUUGAAGGCCAUCCAGCACUUCCUGAGAACUGCGCAGGAGGUCGAGAAGCGGGAGCCUGUGGUGGCCUACUAUUGCCGUUUGUAUGCCAUGCAGACAGGUAUGAAGAUUGAUAGUAAAAAUCCAGAAUGCCGCAAAUUUUUAUGCAAACUCAUGGAUCAACUUGAGGCUAUGAAGAAGCAGCUGGGUGAUAACGAGGCUGUUACUCAGGAAAUAGUUGGCUGUGCCCAUGUGGAGAAUUAUGCAUUGAAAAUGUUUCUUUAUGCAGAUAAUGAAGAUCGAGCUGGGCGGUUUCACAAAAACAUGAUUAAGUCUUUUUAUACUGCAAGUCUUCUAAUAGAUGUCCUGACAGUGUUUGGAGAACUAACAGAUGAGAAUAUUCAGCACAGAAAAUAUGCAAGAUGGAAGGCAGCUUAUAUUCAUAACUGUCUAAAAAAUGGAGAGACUCCACAGUCUGGACCUAUUGGAUUGGAAGGAGAAUUUUAUGAUGAAAAUGAGGAAGUUGGCUCCCCAGCCUUAUCCAACCAAGACUCACAGCCAUCCUCCACCUUCGAUGUGCCCACAAGCAAUGUGCCCACAAGCAAUUACACUGGUAUACAGAUUCCGCCUGGUGCUCAUGCUCCAGCUAACACUCCUGCUGAAGUGCCUCACAGCACCGGUGUGACAAGCAGUACAAUUCAACCCACUCCUCAAAAUAUUCCCAUUGUAGAUCCAUCACUUUAUAAUGUCCAACCUGGAGGGGAAAUUCGUUUGACUCCUGAAGACUUUGCCAAGGCCCAGAAAUACUGCAAAUAUGCUGGCAGUGCUUUGCAGUAUGAAGAUGUAAGCACUGCAGUGCAGAAUCUACAGAAAGCCCUCAAAUUGCUAACUACAGGCAGUGAAUGAGACCUUUGUUUAAAAAACUAACAGUCCAUUACUCCUACCUUCAACCUGUCAGAGAAACACAGUUGCACAAAACCUUUUGAUUCAUCUGACAAAAAACCCUGCAAAAUCUGUCUCUGUAUCAGAUUCUUUCUAUAGUGUAGCCUGCAGCUAUGGCCUGCCUUCACUUCUUAACAGAGUAACAGGAACCGUCUGGGAAAGCGAAUUGAACUCUCAGUACCAGUUCUGCAUACAUCUGAUCCAGUGAUGUGGAAUUUAUGCUAUCCUUUUUAUAAUUUCAAGGUGAGGGUUGUCAGAAAUAUCAAUCAACAUUGUCUGGAAAUGCAGUGUAAGUAAAUGCAGUUUUGAAGGAAGGGUUCAGCCCUUUAGAGGAAAAGGGCAGAAAACAUCAAAUGGUGAUGCUGAAAGUAGUGGGAAUAUUUUCUUAGGUGCUGUCAUAUCAAGCUAGAAAAUGUAGAGAGAGUAUUCAAAUGAUAUUUGGGGGAAACCAUCUUAAUAAUUUUUGAUUUCAGAUUUCAGGAUUUAGCUAAGCUGUAUGAUCUACUGUGUUUCUUUGUUUUUUUCCCUUUGCAUAUAUUAUUUUGGGGCAUCCAAAAUCUAAAACCCAUCUCUUGAUAGCUAAACUUUGUAAUCAUUUCCAUUUGAUUCUAUAGCUUAGAAAGAAGCCAUAGUUCUCAUUAAAUAUCUGAACUAUGAUAUUGAGCUGUUUACAGUAUAUUUUAUUUGCAUCCCUCCCAAACAGUAUGAUUGCUAAAUACAUCUGAAUUUUCAAUUAAUGUUGGAUUGUAGAUGCCAUUAAAAUAUAUUUGACCCCUUA